AUGUCAGCCUCUAAAUCGCGAUGGGCUGACGAGGACCCCGAAACUGAAGCGAUCAUUGCGCAACAAAAACGCGAAAAGGAGGAGAAACGACGCGCCAAGGCUGAGAAGCAGCGCCAGCUGGAGGAAGCCAGUAAGGCUCGGACUGCGACACAGACGGAUGGCAGAGCUCAAUCGCUCAAUGGGGACUCAGGACCUCCUACCAAGCGAAGGAGGUUAUCGAAUGACCCCGAUGGCACGCCUGCCGAUGCCGAAGUUUCCAAGGGCGAGCAAGCUCAGAAGAAACAGGCCAGCUUGCUGAGGUUCCCAGUACGGGAGUGGGGGACUUGCAGACAUGUUGACAAUUUUGAGCGGCUGAAUCACAUCGAAGAAGGAUCCUAUGGCUGGGUGUCCAGGGCAAAGGAUAUCACUACCGGGGAGGUAGUCGCGUUGAAGAAAUUGAAGAUCCAGAACUCGCCGGACGGGUUCCCUGUGACUGGUCUACGAGAAAUUCAAACACUACUGGAAGCGCGACAUCAAAACGUCGUCUUCCUAAGAGAGGUAGUGAUGGGCAACCAGAUGGACGACGUAUACCUGGUAAUGGAUUUCCUGGAACACGAUCUCAAAACCCUCCUCGACGAUAUGCGUGAACCAUUCCUCCCAUCCGAAAUCAAAACUCUCCUCUUGCAGGUAGUGGGUGGACUCGAGUUCCUGCACGACCAAUGGAUCAUGCACCGCGACCUCAAGACAUCCAACCUCCUGAUGAAUAACCGCGGCGAGAUCAAGAUUGCUGAUUUCGGCAUGGCACGAUACUACGGAGAUCCGCCGCCAAAAUUGACCCAGCUUGUUGUCACGCUGUGGUACCGAUCUCCGGAGCUACUACUCGGCGCAGAUAAAUACGGUACGGAGGUUGAUAUGUGGAGUAUUGGGUGUAUUUUUGGCGAACUACUCACCAAAGAACCCCUUCUUCAAGGCAAGAACGAAGUGGAUCAGGUUUCCAAGAUCUUCGAGUUGACAGGUCCACCAAACUCGCAGAUCUGGCCUGGAUUCAGGUCUUUGCCCAAUGCCAAAUCUUUACGUUUGCCGCAGUCCACUUCGGGAUCUUCUAAAAAUCCUCCGUUGCUGCCUCGCUCGCGAUUCCCGUACUUGACUAAUGCGGGUUUGAAUCUGCUGUCAGAGUUGUUGGCUCUUAAUCCGGCUGCGCGUCCGACGGCUCGGCAGUGUCUUGCUCAUCCCUAUUUCAGGGAGGAUCCUCGUCCUAAGCCGAAGGAGAUGUUCCCUACUUUCCCUUCGAAGGCUGGAAUGGAGAAGCGAAGGCGUCAUCAUACACCUGAAGCUCCCAAGCAUGGCCAGGCAGCACCUCAACUUGAUUUUGCUGGGGUGUUUGGUGGUGCCACAGGUGGAGAUACAGGAGAGGCAGGUGCAGGGUUUACCCUCCGCUUGGGCUAA